AUGAAGACAGUGAUUUUAAUUGUCCUAAUCAUCUUCACUUUGCUGUCUUCAGGGAAGAAGUUUCGAUGGUGCACCCUUUCUGACCUAGAACAGAGAAAGUGUGCUGAACUGUCCAAAGCACUUAUGGCUGUGCUGCCCUUUGCUACUGUCAGUUCGUUUGCUAGGAUUUCUUGCAUCAGAGCCCACAAUACACAUGACUGCAUUGACAAAAUCAGGGUGAAUAAAGCAGAUGCUGCCUCCUUGGAUGCUGGAGAUGUUUACUCUGCUGUAAAGCUAUAUGGGUUGACAGUGGUGGCAAAGGAGAUCUAUGAUCAAGGAAAUUGUGUGCUUGCUGUGGCUGUUGCCAAACGAGGAACUCUGGAUAUCCAGAGGCUACGAGGUGCGCGCAGCUGCCACAAUGGAGCCAGAUGGACAUCAGGCUGGAAUAUUCCACUUGGCUUUCUCCUUGCAAGAAAUGAUCUUUCCUGGGAUGAGGCACAACCUCUGAGCCAAGUAGUCAGUGAGUAUUUCAAUGCAAGUUGCAUCCCUGGGGUUGGUGUUGCUGCUCCUCAACUGUGUGCUCUUUGCCAAGGACAAAAAUCCUACGUCAGAGACAAGAACCACUUCUGUGAGACAAGCAGUAACGAACCCUUCUAUGACUCUGAGGGAGCCUUCAGGUGCUUGAAGAAUGGAGUGGCAGAUGUUGCCUUCUUAGAUCACCUAACAAUUAUGAGUGCCACAGAGUCAGAACAACAGGAAUAUGAACUCUUAUGUCCUGAUGGGACUACAGCUGAGCUGACUGAAUACAGCACCUGUAACUUGGGCAAGGGGCCUGGCCGUGGCAUCAUCACCCGCCACAACUUCCAGAAGAUCACCAACAAAUUUCUUAGCAUGAUCCAACGCCUCUUUGGGCGAAAAGGAAAGGAAAGAGCCAGGUUUGAACUCUUCACUUCAGCACCCUUUGGGGGAAAGAAUCUGCUGUUCCGGGAUGCCACUCAGCACCUGCAGCUUCUUGAGGAGCAGCUAGAGAUUGCCUAUGUCCUUGGUCUGGAUUAUGUAGCUCUCCUUAAGGGGCUAGGCCAUGAAGGGAGCUCUUUGGACAACAGUGUUGUGCGCUGGUGCUGCAUCAGUGAUGCUGAGCUUCGCAAAUGUGAGGAGUGGGCACUGAGCAUCAAAUCCGACCCACUAGUCUGUGUCCAAGCAACUUCCAUGACCAAAUGCAUAGAAAUGAUCAAGAGUAGUGAGGCUGAUGCAGUCACCCUGGACGCAACACAUAUCUACAUUGCAGGGAAGUGUGGAUUGGUGCCUGUAGCUGCAGAAUGUUAUGGGCGAGAUUGUGCCCCGGCUGCUGAGAGCACGGAGGGAAAAGGGAAACUAAUUCAUCUUAAGCGCAAAGCACUGCUGCCUGUUUAUGCUGUUGCCCUAGCUAAGAAAAACGCCAAACAGAUUAACAUCCAUAACCUUAGGGGAAGGCGAUCCUGCCACAGUCACCUGUAUAGUCCUGGAGGAUGGUUAUUUCUUUCCAGAUACACAGCGGGAGCUCCGAAGAAUGAUACUGAGAACUGUGACAUUGGCUCUGUUUAUCAGAAUUACUUUUGGAAGGGCUGCAUGCCAGGAGCAGAUGGAAACAUGUGCAAGGUGUGCAUUGGAGACAGUGAGGUGGAAGGGGCUCGAGUAUCUAGCAGAUGUGCUGCAAGUCACAACGAACGUUACUAUGGCAAUAUGGGAGCGCUCAGGUGCCUAGUUGGCAAUCCCAGUGGAAGAAGCUUCGGAGAUGUAGCUUUCCUGGAACACUCUAACCUACUCCAGAACAUAAAGAAUCUGGACAGCUCUGGUUGGGCAAAAGGUUAUACCCCUAUUGACUUUCAACUCUUGUGUCCGGAUGGAACACGUGCUGCAGUCACAGAAUGGGCAGGCUGUAACCUUGGCCCCAUUCCCCCCAGCACAGUCAUGACUCGACCAGUCACUGUCACUAAAAUCUAUGACUUUCUAAUGAAAUCCCAGGAAUCUCUGGGAAGCAAACUGGAUUCUGAAUUCCAUCUCUUUCAGUCGUGGAAGUAUGGUGAAAGUGAUCUGCUUUUCAAAGAUACUACUCAGUACCUUGUUCAUGCAAGUCACAUGAGCUAUCAGGAAAUUCUUGGAGUGUCUUUCUUUCAACUGGCAGAAUCAGUGUUUAAUUGUACACCUGCAGCAUGGCAUCAUGUGGAGCAGCACAGGCCAGUCUGCAUAACCCACAGCACAGAUCUAGGAUCAGCAAUUCUGUACAACUACUAUGGAGAAAUCAGCAUUUUUGUGGGAAUAGCAGUGCCAAUACCAUGGACUAAAAUGCAGACUGUCAUGAGUGGCACAGGUUAGUUGGUAGCGGUUUGCCUUGCUUGUCUUAUAAACUGUUUCCAUGCAAAAAAAAAAUGAACUGACGUUUUGGUAGUUGCAGCAUUGUCCUCCUAUAUCUGUGAUUUUUGUUGCAGCUAGAUAGUCCUUGCUGAAUACACAUAUAUACUAUAGGUUGUAUAUGUAAUUGCUAUCAGAAUCAGUAGUCUUUUCUGCUUUUAACUGGGAAGAAUGUAUUUGCUUUUUUAACCAAGGAUUUAUACUAGUAAAUCAAAACAUUUUUCUCUCACAAAUUAAUGUAUUAAGGCAUCUAAUAGCCUGCAGAACUGGAUGCUUGCAGCCUUCAGGUGAAGGAAAGCAAUGGAUAUUCAUCCUUGUCAAAAACUCCAACCGUUACUUUAUAGUACUUUGACACUUUGAAUCUAUGAUUCUAUGAAGUGUCAAAAUAUGAUUUAUCAAUUAAACAGCAUUGGUUUUACAAGCAGAAACUGCCUGAACAUGAUAUGAAGUCUUUUGAAAAGAAUGUAUCGUGUAUUUGUUUUGCCUGUUAGUGGAUACAGAUUUAGAGUGGAUGGCUCUUCAUGGGCAGGGCUCA